AUGGCUAAAGGUUUCAAGUUGAAAGAGCUGCUGGCUCAUGAGAAAGGCAAAGUUAAUGAGAAGAAAACAACGCAAGCUUCUCAAAAACGUAUUGAAGGAAAGCAACCUGAAUUAAAGCCAGAAUCAGAAUCAGAAUCAGAAUCGGACGAAGAAAAGAACGAUAAUGAAGAGUAUGUAAGUCAGACGCUAUCAAAGAAAGAGAAGCGAAAGUUGAAGAAAGCCUUGAAGAAGAGUGGUGAUAAUGAAAGCUUAAUUACGGAUGAUGCAAAUGCUGACCAACAGGAUGUGUCUAAGUCCAGAAUUGAUCUAGAUAGAUUGGAAAAUAGUGAUUCAGAGGAAGAAGACUUUGCCAUUUCUAAGCCAGACGAUGCUUCAAUGGAUUCAGAAAAUGAUGAAGAUAAAGAAGAUGAAGAAGAAGAUGUACCAUUAUCAGAUGUCGAAUUCGAUUCUGACGCAGACGUUGUACCUCACCAUAAAUUGACGAUUAAUAACACUAAAGCACUAAAACAUUCAUUAGAACGUAUACAACUUCCUUGGGCAAAACAUUCAUUUGAAGAGCAUCAGUCUGUCACAUCUGAGACUAAUACUGAUGAGGGUAUGAAAGAUAUCUAUGAUGACACUGAGAGAGAAUUAGCCUUCUAUAAGCAAAGUUUGGAUGCGGUUAACAUAGCUAAGGAAAAAUUAAAGAAGUUAAAAGUUCCAUUUAAGAGACCAUUGGACUACUUUGCCGAAAUGGUUAAGAAUGAUGAGCACAUGGAUAAGAUUAAACAUAAAUUAGUUCAGGAAGCUAGCGAAAAGAAGGCCCGUGAGGAUGCCAGGAAGCAAAGGCAAUUGAAAAAGUUUGGUAAACAAGUUCAAGUUGCGACGCUACAGAAACGUCAAUUGGAGAAGAGAGAAACUUUGGACAGAAUUAAAAACCUGAAGAAAAAGAGAAAGCAUAACGAGAUUGGAGAUAUGGAUUUCAAUGUUGGUAUCGAAGAAGCAACAGAAUCUGAGGAUACCAAGAGAAGGAAGCCUAACUCCAAAAGACAGGCCAAGAAUUCGAAAUACGGUCAAGGAGGCAUGAAACGAUUCAAGAGAAAGAAUGAUGCACAAUCAUCUGCUGAUAUAACUGGUUUUUCUAACAGAAAGAAGAGCAGACCAGGCAAGAGUAGACGGAAAUAA